UACAAUGAUAAAUGUAGUAUUUUAGAAUAGUCUAAGAGACUAAAAGUCUAAAGACUACUAAUAUGGAAAGCUUGUUAACAUAAAUUGCAUAAUAAAUGUCAUACAGUAGUACAGCUGUAUUAUGGGCAAAAUCCAUUAUUUUUUUGUAAUACCUUGAACAGUGUAUAAAGAGAUUGUCUGUUUUUAGGAGUGGUAUUACUCUCGAUUAUUAUUAUAUUGAAGAAAAAAAACCAAUGAAACAAUAAUAUUACGAUUUUUAUAUGCCGCUAGUUUAAUUAAUAGUUUAAUUAUUGCAUUUUCACCUGAAUGGACGCCUCUGAAACACAAUAGCUCGGCGCUUCCAAAGGCGAGAUUAUUCGUAAGCACCACCUAGACAAAAUUAUGAGUAAAGUUUAGUAAUCCAUACCGUGUCUAAUUUCCAAUGCAUUUUUUAUUUUUUUUUUCGAUAAGUCUACACACAUUUAAACAAUGAUUAAAUAAAAGAAUGUUAAUUUCAGAAACUAUUGUGUUUGGUGAACAAAGCGAGUGUUUGUUAAUAAGUGUUUGAAAACUUUUUUUAGUGCGUUUAAUUUUGAACGAUUAGAACUUGGAUUGAAAGGAUUAAUAUCUUUCGUGAAAGAAAAUGGAUGAUAAAUAUGCAGUAUUUAUAAAAGAUGUAACCAAGAUAUAUGGAAAACAAGCUGUAUUAAAAAAGAUGUGCAUGUCAGUGGAAAGAGGAACGAUUUAUGGCUUGCUUGGUGCUAGCGGUUGUGGAAAAACUACUCUGUUGAAAUCAGUAGUUGGUACUACUAAAGUUGAAAAAGGAGAAAUUCGUGUAUUGGGAGGAAGACCUGGAGACGGGAAAUAUGCUUUUCCUGGACCGAAAGUCGGUUAUAUGCCACAAGAUACUGCUUUAUGUGGCGAAUUUACAGUGCGUGACGCAGUGUUUUAUUUUGGUAGAAUAUUCAGAAUGACCGAUGACUUAAUUUUAGAACGAUAUAAUAAUCUUCAUCAGAUGUUGGAACUACCGCCUCAUGAUAGAUAUUUAAGGAAUUGCAGUGGCGGAGAGCAGAGAAGGGUUUCUUUAGCGGCAACGUUAAUACAUAAACCCGAGCUGCUCAUUAUGGACGAACCAACAGUGGGAUUGGAUCCUGUCAUGAGAGAAAAAAUAUGGAACCAUUUGUACGAAAUUACAAGAUCAGAAAAGACGUCCGUUAUAAUAACCACCCACUACGUGGAAGAAUGUAGAAACGUAGAUACGGUAGGAUUCAUGAGAAAAGGUAGACUGUUAGCAGAGGAAUCACCGAAGCUUUUACUAGACACGUACCGUGCAGAGACUUUAGAACAAGUAUUUUUAAUUUUAGCACAAAACGACGUCAAUCUUAAAAGAUCCAGCAUAUCUGUUUUAGAAAAUAACGCACAAAAUACUAUUCAAGUCGAACAAAGAAGAACAAAUUGCGGUACGUGGAAAAGGAGGUUUACAGUCGAUAAAAGAAGAUUUAGGGCGUUAAUAGAUAAAAAUUGGAAACAGUUUUAUAGAAAUAUUACAGGAAUUUUCUUCUUACUUUCCUUCCCUGUUAUGGAAAUCGGAGCUUUCUUAUCAUCUGUUGGUGGAGACGUUAGAAAUAUACCCGUAGGAAUAAUCAACAACGAAAUCAGGGAUUGUUCAAAUUUUACAAGUAAUGGUACCGCAAUUCCCUACGAUUAUUUUUAUUGUCACUUUCACAACAUGAGUUGUAGAUUCUUGUCUUACGUGGAUGAUCCGAUGAUACAAAAGAUGUAUUAUCCAACCUUAGAAGACGCCAUGUUGGGCGUAAAAAACGGAGAGAUAGCCGGGAUAAUUCAUUUGUCCCAAAAUUUCACGUAUUUUUUCGAAAAGAGAUUUGAAGAUUUGAGAAACGAGAACAGCGAAAUCUUAGAUUUGAGUCAGAUUAAGAUUUGGUUGGAUAUGUCAAAUUAUCAAAUUGGAAGUUCGUUAAAAUACAAGCUGGUACAAAAAUACAACGAUUUCCAGGACGCCGUAUUGACAGAAUGCGGUUUUGAUUUGAAAUUAUAUCACGAACCGCUGAGGAUUGACAACUUCUAUGUAGGUUCCAAUAAACAUGAACCAUUCAUAAUAUUUAUGUUGCCUGGCAUUUUAAUCACAAUCCAAUUUUUCCUGGGAGCAGUAAUGACUUCCCAGAUAAUAAUAACUGACAGACACGACGGAGUUUGGGACAGAUCCAUAGUAGCGGGUGUUACUUCGAUGGAAAUCACACUCAGUCAUUUCAUCCUACAACUUGCCCUUUGUGUCAUACAGACGAUCGAAUUGAUGUUUUGCACGUUCGUUUUGUACCAACUGGAAUACAUCGGGAGUUUAUCUUUGAUGUUCCUGCUGGUGUUUUCGCAGGGCGUGUGCGGAAUGGCUUAUGGUUUCUUUGUUUCUGUAAUCAGCACCGAUCACACAAUGGCAAAUGUAGUAUUAACUGGUUUAUAUCUUCCAGUCAACCUUUUAAGUGGUUGGAUGUGGCCAGUAGAAGGCAUGGUAUACGGUUUGAGAGUAUUAGCCAGAUGCCUACCGUUAACAGUGGCUAUAGAAUCUUUUAGAAACAUUUUCAAAAAAGGAUGGGAUUUGAGCUACAUCCAAGUACUCGAUGGGUUCCUGAUCGGCAUUGUCUGGACCAUUUUCUUCGGACUGCUUAGUGUGUAUUUAAUUUCUAAGAAACGCUAAAUAAAUUGAAUAAAUCCAUUAGUGUGGAAUAAUUUGAGUAUCUCUGACACUAUGAGAUAAUAAAAAAUAUUAUAGAAAGGUAAUAUUUUGAAAUUAUCUUCAAUAAUUUCAAUCUGGAAUUAAUUUAUGUUUUUUUUAAUUGACCACCCUGUAUUUUAUUUAAUAUUAGAAAUCGCGUUUCAACAAUACCAAAUAGUAUGGGAUUACACAGGGUAUUUCACAUGCUAUAACCAGUUUUAUAUGAAAAUCGUAUUGGUAAUGGGGGUGAUUAUCCUCAAGAAUUUUUAAACCUUACGUUUUAUAGCCACUAAAAUGUAUUAUUUUCAAAAAUAAGGUCACAAAUAUUACCAUUACCUUCCUCCAGACUUAAACUUUAUUACUUCCACUAUCCCCUUAGACUUAUACUCUUGAUGCGCCACUGCUCUCCAGAGUUGAGGCUGUGGUUGAAGCUAAUUUUUAAUUAUUACUAUGUCAGAGUGACAGCCCACAAUCUAUAUAGGAUGUAUUCUGCAGAGCUUAUUGUCCUACAAAAUAUAUACAGGGUAAGUCAAAACUUGAAUACCUCGUUUUCUUUUUUUUUUAUUUAAAUUAUCCACCCAAUAUUUUUUAUCAUAAUUGAAAAGUAUAGUAUUUUCAUGUAUACAAUUUCUCUUAUAUAUAGACAUAAUAUUUAUAUUUAAUUACAAAAUAUACAGGGUGUCCCGAAAUUAGACGGUCUUAUUUUAACAGCGUAAUCUACAUCCUAAAAUAGGAAUAAAAGUUUAUACAAGCAUAGGUCCGAAAACGUUUCGUUUUUGAGAUACAAGGUGUUUCAAGUGAAGUCCUGAUGGCAUAUUUUUGUAAAUAUUUUCUAAAAUUUCUUUAGUCACCGGUUUUCCAAAGUAAAAAAAAAUAAAAUAUCUGAUUUCACAUGCCUACUAAUUAUUGUUUAUACUUUCGAAUAAGACUUAUCAUGAAAUUUUCAAAUGCUUUUUUCUUGAAAAUGGUGCGUCCUAGCAAGAUGCAAGAAAAGUAGCUUUAUUAUAAAGAAAACAUUGGUUUUCCAAAUCUUGUAGUCAAAAAUAUUAAAAACUGCCAACAAAAAAAACUUAGGGCAAUUUUACCCUAAGCCCCUCCCCCUAAUUUAUUCACCUAUGAAGAUGAUCAAUAACUGGGGUUCAAUCCAUUAAAUAGAGCGUAAAAAGGUAAGCAUUUGUACCAAAUUUCACUUAAUUCUCUUUAAACGUUAGGAAAAUAUUUACAAAAGAGUGUCAUCAGGACUUGACUUUUAACACCCUGUAUCUCGGAACAGAAACGUUUUCGGACCUAUGUUUAUAUGAACUUUACUCCAAUUUUAGGAUGUAGAUUAUGCUGUUAAAAUAUCACCGUCUAAUUUCGAGAUACCCUGUAUUUCCCUAACUUUUGAGUUUUAAUGCUUUUUUAUAAAAAUUAAUUAUUGAAACUUUUAUUAUCAUCUGACAUUUACAAUAAUUAUUUAUAUCACAAAAAAAAAGAUCAAAAUCCCGUCAAAACAAUGAUAAAAACUUCUUAUCUUAAUAAUAUACAGUGUGAUUAAUAUUCUAUCCAUCACAUACUUCAAAAUUUGAAAAAUCUGAGGUGUCGACUAUGCUCAAAAUUUAAUCAGCCCACUGCAGGAUGGAUUAAAAUUCAAGUUUUGAAUUUGGUGUUUUUCCCUUUAUCUGUUUUUGAAUUAUCUUCAAAAUUCACAAUUUGCACUUUUCUCAAAUAUCUCGAUCACGGUCCAUUUUAGGAAAAUCAUGUAUAGAAAAAAAAUUAUAAAGAAUGACUUCACUAGCAACUUUUAUUUGACAAAUUUUAGUACACCCCAGAUGUUCCGACUAUGCCCAAAAUAUAAUCAUCUUUUCGCAGAAUGGAUUAAAGCUUAAAUUUUGAGUUAUCUUUAAAAUUCUAAAUUUGUACUUUUUUUCAAAUAUCUCGAAUCCGGUCCAAUUUAGAGAAAUUAUGUAUAGGACAAUAAUUGAGAUCGAUAUAACAAACAAAUUUUGAAUUUGGUGUUUUUUUCUUUAUGCGUUUUUGAGUUAGACAUGAAUCUAUAUUUACUUUCGUUUUCCCACUUUAAUCAUAUACAAAAUAACAAAUAGCCAUUUCAACCGUUCGAGAUCCAUCAAAAUAUUUGUAUUGACCAUCUUUAAUACUAAAGUUUCGUUAGUUUCUUCUUACAGAGAUACAGGUUUUUUGGUAUGUCAAUUUAUUUCAACUCAACUUUUACAAACUAUACUAUAACGUCUAUCAUAAAACUUCUGUUAAAAAGGUAAGUGUGGAAGUGUUUGAGGGCUUUGACAAUAGCUAAAAGUUCUUUUCCUGUGACGCAAUAAUUCUCAGCUUUUCCUAAGGUCUUACUGAAAUACGCAAUUACUUUCUCUUCCUCUCCUGUUCUUGGGAUAGCACGGCACCCACGCCGUAUUGGGAUGCGUCGCAGUCUAAAAUAAAUUGUCCUUUUUCCCGAGGGUAUGCUAGGAUGGGUGCCGUGGUCAAUCGUUUUUUUAACUCGGUAAAGGCAUUUUGACAAUCCGGCGUCCAGUCAAAUAGAUUACUAUUUUCAGUUAGUCGAUGAAGUGGUUUAGCAAUUUGACCAAAGUCUUUGACGAAUUUUCGGUAAUAUGAACACAGUCCAAAAAUACUUCUAAUUUCUCUUUUGUCUCUUGGCUUCGGCCAAUCUCAAAUAAUAGGCUUCCGACUGGAACAGUGAACAUUUAUUGUGAUUAAGCCUUAGAUUGGUAUAUAGAAGAUGUUCGUCAAAACGUUUUGACAUGAUUAUUAUGUCAUCGAGCUAUUUUAGACAAGUUUUCCAGGUUAAUCCUUUCGUAACCAUUUCCAUUAGUCGUUCAAAGGUAGCUGGGGCAUUACAGAGACCAAACGGGAGAACCUGGAAUCUGUAUAAUUUGCUACUAGUUGAAAAAGCAGUUUUAUCUCGAUCGUCAGGAUGUACUUCUACUUGUCAUUAUCCGCUCUUCAAGUCUAGCGUGGAAAACCAUUUUGCACCCGAUAGAGUGUUUAGUGUGUCAUCUAUUCGGUGGAGUGGAUAGAUGUCUUUUUGCAUUAUCUGAUUUAAUCUUCUAUUGUCUACACAGAAACGAGUAGAUCCGUCUUUCUUAGUUAAUAGGACCACAGGUGAGCACCAGGGACAAGAAGCUUCUUCAAUAAUAUUUGCAUCCAUCAUGUCCUGUAUUAUAUUUGCUACUUCUUUUUGCUUAGCAAAUGGAAGUCUUCUAAGUGCUUGUUAUUGGCCUUGCAUCGCCUGUAUAAAUUCUAUUCUAAACAAGACUAGUACAGCCCGUAGAUUUUCCUGUCUUGAAAAUGUCAAUCAAUUCUUUGAUUUUUCUAAAUUCUUCAGCUGUCACGAAGUCAUAAUUUUUAACUAGCUGUUUUACAAAGCUGGCGUCAACUGAAUUACCUGUGGUGGCUUUCCCCGUGGAACGGUCUUCGCACUUGAUUAUGUUUUUUCCACGGGUGUAUAGAGCCCUGUUGCUUGUCCUUUCUUUAGUUUGACAGGUCUCUUCGAUAAAUUUGCAACCCUAACUGGAAUUAGUUGAUCAACGUUAACCAGAAUUCUAUCACUCACAGAUUCUUCACUAUCUACAAUGCUCACAUGUAAACCGUGUGAUUUCUCGCCGAGACAACAGCUUCAGAAUUUUGGAGUACUUCUAUGCCUUUUUCCACUAGGACCUUUAUCGGUUAAGUAUUUUCUUUCGAAUUUAGGACAAUGUCGUCGUUUCCAUUUCCAUCAAGAUCUUGUUUUGAAGGUCGAUGAUAAACCUAUUUUGCAUACCAAGGACACACUGAUCCUUUAUCGGCCACCAAAAAUAAGUGUUCUAUCACUGUAAGGUAAGCCGUAUAAAUUGAUAUACAUAUCACUAAAUUUUUUGAAUACGGUUCUGUCUAGAUGAGAUAUCACAAUCUCUGUGAGCACGAGUAAUUUUUUGUAUAAUUGUUUCUUCGCUAAUUACUAACUAAUUAUUAUACUUCCAUUGUUUGCUGCCAAAAUUUAAAUAACAAAAAAGAUAGUUUUGAAAAUAAUUUAAUUUUAAUUGAACACUUGUUGAUAUAAAAUACACUGUUUUUUAAUUGGUAAUUACAAUUUAACCAGCUGUAAUUUAUUAUCGACUGAAUAAGUUUCUGACAAUACCUAAUGUGAUGUUUAUAUUCAAUAAAAAAAGAAGAAAAAAUAUUAAUUACAAACUAUACAUAAAAUUUAUUAAAUAUUAUUUCUAUAGAUUUAAUUUAAUUAAAAAAAUUAUUUUCUAUUAAAGGUUAAUAUAAAAACUGGCGAGACUUUUUAAAAACAGAUAUUAGAACACUAUUAGACAUUAAUAAUAACAAACUGUCAGUAUUGGAUUUUUUCAAAGUUAACUUUAAAGUAUAAUAAACAUAAAAUAAAUUAGGUAUUAUACAGGGUGUUUCUAAAUUCAUGCGACAAAAUUCAGGAGGUGAUUGCUAGUAUGAAAUUAGGAUGGGUCUUUCCUGUAACAAAAUUUCUUCAGCCCACCCCUUUCCGAGAUAUCACCCUUAAAAGGUGGUAACUAAAAUGGAGUUUUUAUUUUUUUGGUAAAAUUUUAUUUUGGCUAGAGGUGGUCAUUUCCAGCAUUUAUUAUGAAUCGUAUUACAUUUUAUAAAACUUCAUCUCGAAAAAAAGUUUUGAUAUGAAAUAAAGUAAGGGUUGCUAAUUUCACCCCCUUAAUGUAACAGGAAUAUUGAAAAAAUACCCGUGGUUAGUCCUUUGCGCAUGCACGAAAAUACAAAAUUUCAAGUUUCUAGCUUUACGGAAAUUUAAAAAAAAAUAAAAGCUCAAUUUUAGUCACCACCUUUUAAGGGUGAUAUCUCGGAAAGGGUUGGGCUGAGGAAAUUUUGUUAUAGUAAAGAUCCAUCUUAAUUUCAUACGAGCAAUCACCUCCUGAAUUUUGUCGCGUGAAUGUAGAAACACCCUGUAUAUGAUACUAUAAAAAGAAGGUAUGAUAUUACGCAGAUUGAUACUACCCGUCACGGUGACGUAAUGUGGUGGGGUGGAAGGCGUGGCUUUUACGAAUUUGACGUAUGAGCUGAUCGAAAACAGCGAAAUAAAUUAUAAUCAGUUAAUGGCCAAUCAGAUAACUAUAUUCCACACCACAAUACGUCAUGCGCAAAUUCGACGAGAUUUCGUCGGCUAAGUAUCAUACUGUCAUUUUUUGUAUCAUGAUUACUAAUUGGUAAUUAUUUUUUAUUGAAUGAAAAAGAUCUAUUAGAAAUUGUUAAAAAGUUUAUUCAAACGAUAAUAAAUUGUCAAAAACAAUCAAUUUCCUAUUAACCAGUGACUAGUUAAAAUUUAUGAAAGCGUAGGACAGCCACUUUGAUUUUUUUUAAUGUCGAGCAGACAUUUAUACGCACAGACGACUUGAGUGAUCAGAAAUGUACAGAAAAGUAUUAAAAAAUGAAGGUACGAAAAUUUUUUUGUCGGCAUACGAAUGCAGUGUGGUACUUUUGAAUACUGACUUAAAGUUAAAAAAAAAUAAUUAUUUUUUAAUUACCCUAUACAGAUUUGUUGGAUAUAUAACUUAUUAAAUACUCUGUAUAAUCCCAUACCAUUUGGUGUUGUUAUAAUGGGAAAAGAUGGAGUAAUUCAAAUAUAACAUAAAAUACAGGGUGGUCCAUUAAAAAAAAAACAUAAAUAUGUUUCAUACUAAAGUAAUUGAAUACACUGUACAUAUUUAUCAUGUUCUGUAUAAACAUGUUUUUUUUAUAUGCCUAAGUGUCUGGACUUUUUUCACACUAUGGGUUACCCGAUAUGUUUAAAAUAUUUUAUUUUUUUAUAUUUAUGUAAUUUAAUAAAAAGAUGCUUUUUCAUACAUUAGGCUUUUAUUU